AUGGCUGACUCAAACGAGCCGUACGUGGUGGUGGGAAGCCAGUACUGCCUGCCGGAAGAGUCGGUGCUUAUACUGAAGGAGAAGAUGUGGUCGCUGCGUGAGAAGGCCGAGAUUCGCGACGGUCAGGGUCAACUGAUCUUCAGAACUGAGGAUAAGGCAUGGGAUAUCAAGGAGAGAAAGACCAUUUUCAACGCGCAGGACGAGCCGGUUUGCUCGAUGAUUAGCAAGGUGUUCUCCCUCAGCAACACCACGUACCUCUGCGCUGGCGCCGACCCGGAACCUGACAACGCGCUGCUCACCGCCAAGAGCGUCGUGCUAACUUGGUCACCGAUUCUCAAUGUUUUCCUGAAAGGGAACACGUCAGAUAAUGCACCUGACAUUAUUCUCAAGGGCAAUUUCGUUCAGUACGACUUUACUAUUACCACUUCCAGUGGCCGUCUUUUGGCAACGGUGGACCGCAAGCUCCAGGUCAAGGAUAUUUUCUUGGCAACGCAGACACAUGCAGUGCACAUCAAGCCCAAUGUAGACAGGGCUCUUAUUAUGGGCCUUGUUGCCAUGGCUGACAAUAUAUAUGUCAACAGGGAAAACGACGAUUAG